AUGGCCAUCCUGUAUCCUCUUCUGUUUCUUUUUUCGUCUCUCCCCCCAAAGGCGGCAUUCAACGCCUUCCUAGCCAGCCCGGAUUCGUUGGACUUGCCCGAACUCCAGUCGAUAGCCUAUCCGCGCCCCAGGAACCUCAUUCGCAAGCGUGUUGCUGACCAGCUGCACACCGCCUACACCACCAUCUACGCUGCUCUCACUGAUCCCACCAACGGCUAUGAGGUGGCCCUGAAGACGCCUCAAGAAGUCGCAGAACUAAUCUUGAACGUCUGA